AUGAGGUCUGCGGUGGAUUUCAGCAAACUCUGUCCCCUCACUGUGUCUUGGUUGUCACCAAAGAGCCUAAAAACGCUGAUGGACACAAGGACAGCCACUGCAGAGUUGGGAUGGACGGCCAAUCCUGCUUCUGGGUGGGAAGAAGUCAGUGGCUACGAUGAGAACCUGAACACCAUCCGUACUUACCAAGUGUGCAACGUCUUUGAACCCAACCAGAACAACUGGCUACUCACCACCUUUAUCAACAGACGGGGCGCCCAUCGCAUCUACACGGAGAUGCGCUUCACUGUGAGAGACUGCAGCAGCCUCCCAAAUGUCCCAGGCUCCUGCAAGGAGACCUUCAACCUGUACUACUAUGAGACUGACUCUGUCAUCGCCACCAAGAAGUCAGCCUUCUGGUCCGAAGCCCCCUACCUCAAAGUUGACACCAUUGCUGCAGAUGAGAGCUUCUCCCAGGUGGAUUUUGGGGGAAGGCUGAUGAAAGUCAACACAGAAGUCAGGAGCUUUGGGCCUCUUACUCGGAAUGGUUUUUACCUCGCUUUCCAGGAUUAUGGAGCCUGUAUGUCUCUCCUUUCUGUCCGUGUUUUCUUCAAAAAGUGUCCCAGCAUUGUACAAAAUUUCGCAGUGUUCCCCGAAACCAUGACUGGAGCAGAGAGCACGUCUCUGGUGAUUGCUCGGGGCACAUGCAUCCCCAAUGCAGAGGAAGUGGACGUGCCCAUAAAACUCUACUGCAAUGGGGAUGGAGAAUGGAUGGUGCCCAUUGGACGCUGUACCUGUAAGCCUGGCUAUGAGCCCGAAAACAGUGUGGUCUGCAAGGCCUGCCCUGCGGGGACCUUCAAGGCCAGCCAGGAAGCUGAAGGCUGCUCCCACUGCCCCUCCAACAGCCGCUCCCCUUCAGAGGCAUCUCCCAUCUGCACCUGCCGGACCGGCUAUUACCGAGCAGACUUUGAUCCCCCAGAAGUGGCGUGUACUAGUGUUCCAUCAGGUCCCCGAAAUGUCAUCUCCAUAGUCAAUGAGACAUCUAUCAUCCUGGAGUGGCACCCUCCAAGAGAGACCGGUGGGCGGGACGAUGUGACCUACAACAUCAUCUGCAAGAAGUGCCGAGCAGACCGCCGGAGCUGCUCCCGCUGUGAUGACAAUGUGGAGUUUGUACCCAGGCAGUUGGGCCUGACUGAGUGUCGUGUCUCCAUCAGUAGCCUCUGGGCCCACACCCCCUACACCUUUGAUAUCCAGGCCAUCAAUGGAGUCUCUAGCAAGAGUCCCUUUCCCCCACAACACGUCUCCGUCAACAUCACCACAAACCAGGCUGCCCCCUCCACUGUCCCCAUCAUGCACCAGGUCAGUGCUACCAUGAGGAGCAUCACCUUGUCAUGGCCUCAGCCGGAGCAACCCAAUGGCAUCAUCCUGGACUAUGAGAUCCGGUACUACGAGAAGGAGCACAAUGAGUUCAACUCUUCCAUGGCCAGGAGCCAGACCAACACGGCCCGUAUUGAUGGGCUACGGCCCGGCAUGGUGUAUGUGGUCCAAGUGCGUGCCCGGACUGUGGCUGGCUACGGCAAAUUCAGUGGCAAGAUGUGCUUCCAGACGCUGACAGAUGAUGAUUACAAGUCCGAGCUGAGAGAGCAGCUACCCCUGAUUGCUGGCUCCGCAGCAGCUGGGGUCGUAUUUGUUGUGUCUCUGGUGGCCAUCUCGAUCGUCUGCAGCAGGAAACGAGCUUACAGCAAAGAGGCCGUGUACAGCGAUAAACUCCAGCAUUACAGCACAGGGCGAGGCUCCCCAGGGAUGAAGAUCUACAUUGAUCCCUUCACUUAUGAGGACCCCAAUGAAGCUGUUCGGGAGUUUGCCAAGGAGAUUGAUGUGUCUUUUGUGAAAAUCGAAGAGGUCAUCGGAGCAGGGGAGUUCGGAGAGGUGUACAAGGGUCGUUUGAAACUGCCAGGCAAGAGGGAAAUCUAUGUGGCCAUCAAGACCCUGAAGGCUGGGUACUCAGAGAAACAGCGUCGGGACUUUCUGAGCGAAGCGAGCAUCAUGGGCCAGUUUGACCAUCCCAACAUCAUUCGCCUGGAGGGUGUCGUCACCAAGAGUAGGCCUGUCAUGAUCAUUACGGAGUUCAUGGAGAACGGUGCUUUGGAUUCUUUCCUCAGGCAAAAUGAUGGACAGUUCACCGUGAUCCAGCUUGUUGGGAUGUUGAGGGGCAUCGCUGCUGGCAUGAAGUACCUAUCUGAGAUGAAUUAUGUGCACAGGGACCUGGCUGCUAGGAACAUUCUGGUCAACAGCAACCUGGUAUGCAAAGUGUCCGACUUUGGCCUCUCUCGCUACCUCCAGGAUGACACCUCAGAUCCCACCUACACCAGCUCCUUGGGAGGAAAGAUCCCCGUGAGAUGGACAGCUCCAGAGGCUAUCGCCUACCGCAAGUUUACGUCAGCCAGCGAUGUCUGGAGCUAUGGGAUUGUCAUGUGGGAAGUCAUGUCAUUUGGAGAGAGACCCUACUGGGAUAUGUCCAAUCAAGAUGUCAUCAAUGCCAUCGAGCAGGACUACCGACUGCCCCCUCCUAUGGACUGCCCAGCUGCCCUGCACCAACUCAUGCUGGACUGUUGGCAGAAGGACCGCAAUAGUCGGCCCCGCUUUGCCGAGAUCGUCAACACCCUGGACAAGAUGAUCCGGAACCCAGCUAGUCUCAAGACUGUGGCAACCAUCACCGCUGUGCCUUCCCAACCCCUGCUUGACCGCUCUAUCCCAGACUUCACGGCCUUUACCACCGUGGACGACUGGCUGAGUGCCAUCAAAAUGGUCCAGUACAGGGACAGCUUCCUUACCGCUGGCUUCACCUCCCUCCAGCUGGUCACCCAGAUGACAUCAGAAGACCUCCUGAGAAUAGGGGUCACCUUGGCAGGCCAUCAGAAGAAGAUUCUGAGCAGCAUCCAUUCAAUGAGGGUCCAGAUGAGCCAGUCACCAUCGGUAAUGGCAUGA